AUGAGAUUUGGAGGAGGCAGGGGCGCGCCCGCCCCUAGCGCGCUGCUCCCCUGGACCUCGUUGCAGGCGGCGCCUUGUCCUCUGCUCUCCCGCCCCUCUCGGACCCGGGUCUGGGGCUCCCAGAGCUCCGCGGACCCUUCCCACUCCUCUCACGACGGCAGGGCCGGGGAUCCCCGAGGCUUUAGGCGGGGGCAAAAAGCCUUCGCUGGGGUGUCCGGCGGCAGGGGAGGGGGCACGGCGCAGAGCCGGCAAAGGAAGGUGGCCCCCCUCCGCGUCGCAGCUCGGGCGGGGCGACCCAAAAGGACGCCGGCCCCGCCGGCCCCCCACGCCGACCUCCUCCGGACGCCCCGAACUCCCCCGAAGGACGCGCGGGCGCCCGGCCCCUCGGCCUCCAAGUUCCCGCCCUGCCCACCUCCCGGGCUCCGAGGCCCCGGCCCGUCUGGUCAGGGCCGGGAGGAGAAACUUUGCGGGGAGGUCGACCCGCGGCGCGGAUGCGGACUCACCGAGCGCGGCUGCAGCGGGCGGGAGGUCCCGGUUCCCCAGGCGUCGAGCUGCGGGGUGCGCGGCGCUGGCCACGGCUCGCAGCGGCGUCCGGUCCCCGGGCGCGGAGUCCCCGCUCCGCCCCGGCCCCAACUCCGCGCGAAGUGCCUGUGCCGCAAGACUUGCUGA